GGGGGACGCUUUAGUCAGCUGUACCAAGUCACCGCCGCUAGAGUCACGUUGUAAUUGGCUCUUUUUACGCUGGAGGAUCAUCAAAUUGAUGUCCAAACGAAGGAGGACAUAAACAAAACAAAGGAAAUAAAAUGGAACCGGCGAGCAAGCGGCGGAAAAGCGAGGCGUGCGACUCCGACUCCUGGACGGCGUACCCCGUCCUGUCGGACGAGCAGACUCAUGCCGUAGAGAUGAUUGACUUCUUUGCCGCGCCCGUCCUCGACAAGCGAGCGACGUCCCGAUUGGUCGGAGAACUCAACGACCGCUACCCCUUGAGGGGUCUCCAGCACCUCAAGAGGGUUCGGCCCGCCGCGGCCCAGGAUGGCCGCCCUCACUCACUGGAAAUCCUCCUGUGUCCUGUCAGUAAAGUUCCAGACUCGGACUUGUUGUGCGUCGGAUGUGACGGGCUGGGCGAACCCUUUGUGGUCAAGGUCCCCGUCCGCCCUCCUUUGACCAGACCCCAAUUUGAGCUAGCAAGCAAGCACUGGCCCACCUCCUUCAAGGAAGACAAACAGGUGACCGAGGCCCUCCGUGGAGAGUCCUUCGGCCCGGCUCGGAAGGCCCAAAUGCACGCUUACAUGUCGGUGGCUUUGGCCGCCGCCCGAGAAGGGAAGGCCUUGGGGAUGGAGGCCGUGGGGGCCGCGGUGGUAGACCCGCUCAAUGAGAGAAUAGUGGCAGUGGGCCACGAUUGUCGAGGGCCUCUGCAUCACGCCGUCAUGGUGUGCAUCGACUUGGUGGGCCGAGGGCAAGGCGGCGGUCGCCACCGGUGGGACUCCUACCCCGCUUGCCGCUCUACACCCGCCUCGGCCGAGCAGCCGUACAUCUGCACCGGCUACGACCUGUACGUGACCAGAGAGCCCUGCGUCAUGUGUGCCAUGGCGCUGGUCCACUCGCGGAUCGCUCGCGUCUUCUACGGGGCGGCCUUUGCUGACGGAGCGCUGGGGACUAAGUUCAAACUCCAUGCGCUGAAAGACCUGAACCAUCGCUUUGAGGUUUACAAAGGAGUCAUGGGACAAGAGUGCGAGGAGCUGGAGGGAUUGUCUCUUUGAAAUGUAUAUUUUUGGACUUUUAUACAAUGUGUACUUUUGAAAUAUUUCGACAAAAAAAUGUGCCACACCCGGAACAAUUGUUGGAUUGCACGGAGAGGCACAAACAAUUUAAUAGGAUACAAGAAGUUUCAACUUUCCUUAAUCAAUAAGAAGACAUUUCCCUCACUUCCACAAUACCAUUUUACACCACAAAAACUUUCACAUUCUCAAAAGAAAUGCACAAAACACCCGCCCAGUGAUUGACUUAAAGUAUUCAUAGAAUAUAUAUAUACACACACACACACACAUAUAUACGUAGUUUAACAGUAGAAAUUCCAUUCCGUUACUUAAUGGGGAAUAACUUGACAGAGGUAAACAUUUUUGUUUGCUGGGAAAUAAUACAUUUGAAGUAUUGCCGUGGUUAAAAGCAACAAACGUAGCGUCAGCUUGUCAAUUCAGGUCGGAGAAUAACAAACAAAAACAAUCACUUUGCUGAUACCUGGGCCAGCCCGGGUCAGACCCAACUAAAACUGCAUUCAUGUAGAUGACUCAAAUGUAGCUUUGACUUAAAAAUGUGAUGUUUCACCCAAAUCAGAGACGCGCACGGCAUCCGGUCCUCAGAAGCUCCCGUGAUUACAAAAGUUAUUCUCUCACUGAUCUCAUAAUUGCGCCACGUCUUGCAUUUUGCGUAA